GCCGGUCGAUAAGGACGCCAUUCAAUACAUGUUCUACAUGUUUAGCCUCGGAUCAAGGAUUUUAUAGUGAUUUUCAAUUUUCAAAAGUGCACUCAGUAUUGUGAUUAAAGUUUAGCAAAGACAGCAGGAAAUGAGCGAGCUCAACUCGAUGGAGGUUGAUGCCAGCGAGACGAUUCAGGAUAUUGCAAUAAAAUUGGUUGCCGAGCAGAUGAAGAACGAAUCACGUUUAACGAUGGGGCCCAAUGAAAGGACUAUUUUGGUUCUCGGAAGCAAGGGAGCGGGUAAAUCUACGUUAAUCAAUAAGUUUCUAGAUCGAGAUGAUGUUCCUCGACCUACUCUGGCAUUAGAGUACUCAUUUGGACGUCGAACUGCUGCCGGACAAGGAGCCCAGAAAAAUAUCUGUAAUGUGUGGGAACUCGGUAGCUUAGUUAAUUCUAAUCAGCUUAUCGAAGUACCCGUUCGGUCGAACGGGUUGCUCACGUUUUCCGCUGUCAUAGUACUGGAUUUGUUCCAACCAGAUCGUCUUUGGACUGAUCUUGAAUGUGCCCUCAAUGGACUGAAACAGGCUAUCAACAAAAAUUGCCCUUCAUCUGAUUUGGUUACAAUGUUGGAUUUGAUGAAACAAAAGAUUGGCCCCGAUCAUAAAGACAUAAGUACACUGGAAAUUGUUCCUUUCCCAGUAGUAAUUGUUGGCGGAAAGUAUGACCUUUUUCAGAGUUUGGAUUCAGAAAUUAAAAAGCACGUGUGCCGAUGUCUGAGAUCGAUCGCCCAUGCGAUUGGAGCAGCACUGAUUUUCUAUACCAUAAAGAAUGCUGCUUUAUCGAAAAUAACUCGUGACACGAUGAAUCAUUUGGGAUUUGGAAGUCCUUCUAAUCCUUUCAAAACUACGACAACAGAUCAUAACGGACCGAUAGUGAUUCCGUUUGGCGGUGAUUCAUGGGAAAAGAUCGGUGUAAUGCCAACCAACUCGGAACGAAUUGGAAUCAAUUACAGCGCACAAAUACCACAAAUUGAAACGGACAAAGUUGCUAUACCGGAUGAUCCGGCGAAAGACAUCGGUUUUAAGGAAAGCGUUAUCGAUGAACUGAGAGCACAAAAAGAUGAGGAACUUUUACGACUUCUGAAGGAUACUGAAAUCAGAAUGAAAUUUGAAGCAGUGCAAUAAACGAAUA